CAGAAAAGUUGAGUGUACUUAUUCGUAUUUGACGUUUUGGAAGUGGUAGAGCAUUUAAAAUAAAGUAAAGUAGGUCCUCAGCUCUUUGUUUCGUCAUACCAUUGAAAUUAAAAUUAUUAAACAUAUUAUCAAACUUAAGAUUUUCGUAAAUAAUAUUUAAUAGAAACAUAUUUAGAAAUCAGCAUAAAGCAAGGAGAAAAAGAGCUAGCUGUGUAAAAAAAAAAUCACUUUAAAAAUACUAAAAAAAAUUUUUUUUUAUAAAAUUUUUAAAACGUCAGCCUUCAAGACGUUUACGAAAAGGAAAAAGUUUUUUUUUGUAAAAUUUUUAUUUCUUUGGUUAGUUUAAUAAUCUCAAAAUUGAUAGAAAUAACAAAAAAGCAGCUGCUACUGGUGCCUCACCUGAGGGCCAGCCGCCGCGCAAAAAAGGACGUCGUUCUACAGCCAGUGAAAUUGAAACGUCAAAUAUUUCUUUGAAUCAAUUAGUUAAUUCAGGUAUAAAAGAGACGAACGAUAAAAUGCAGCAAUCUGUAUCAAAUCAUCAGCAACAACAAUCCUCAAAUUCAACAACAACAACAGCCACAACAAAUAAUGAAAGUGGAGGUUCCACUAGUGAAUCAAAUGGACAUAUUAAUAAUGAAGAUCGUUUAGAAAAAAAUGGUGGUGACUCACGUAAUGGUUUCACACAACAAUUCUCAAAAAUUAAUCUCGAUAAAACAAAUCAAGAUAUUGUUAGAUUAAUUGGACAAUAUCUAAAAAAUGUUGGACUUGAAAAAACAGCUGAUGUUUUAAUGCAAGAAUCUGGAUGUUAUUUAGAACAUCCUUCAGCAACUAAAUUUAGACAACAUGUUAUGUCAGGUGAUUGGACCAAAGCAGACAAUGAUUUAAAGGAACUACAACCUGUAAUAGAUAAGAAAAAUUCAAAUUUCAUUGAAAUGAAAUUUUUAAUUUUGGAACAAAAGUAUCUUGAAUUAUUAGAAGAUGGUCGUCCGUACGAUGCUUUACAUGUUCUUCGAAAUGAAUUAACACCAUUACAACAUAAUAUUAAUCGUGUUCAUCAGUUAUCUUCAUAUAUGAUGUGCUCAAAUAAUCAUGAUUUAUAUCAAAGAGCUAAUUGGGAAGGUAAAGGUGUAGUUUCGCGAUCGCAAGUCAUGGAACGAUUACAAACAUAUUUGCCAUCAUCUGUAAUGCUCCCUCCACGACGCUUAAGGUCUUUAUUAAAUCAAGCAGUUGAACUGCAAACAGAAAGAUGUUACUGCCAUGGUAUGGCAUGGGAAAUGAAUAUAGAAAAUAUAUCUUUAUUGUCCGAUCAUAGUUGUAAUUUGGAUGGCUUUCCAAUGCACACGUUACAAAUAUUGACUGAUCACUGUGACGAAGUUUGGUUUUGUAAAUUUUCCCCAGAUGGAUUAAAAUUAGCUACAGGAAGUAAAGAUUCAUCUGUUAUAAUAUGGGAUGUUGACCCACAUAAAUUAAUAUUAAAUAAUAGGCGUUCAUUAGAUAUACAAUUUCAGCAGUACGGUGUAUCAUUUGUUGAUUGGAGUCCAGAUUCAAAAUUAUUGUUAAUAGGUGGCCCAGAAGAAUGCCCAGAAAUUGUUGUAUGGAAUAUUGAAGACGGUAGACUUGUUGUUAGAAUGUCAAACGCAAUGGAUGAUAGUUUAUCAUGUGGAGCGUUCAAUAAAGAUGGUACACGUUUUGUUUGUGGGGGUGUACGUGGGCAAUUUUAUUUAUGUGAUUUAACCGGUACAGUUUUGGAGAAUUGGGAGGGUGUUCGAGUUAAUUGUUUAGCAUUUCGUGCCGAUAACAAAACUGUUUUAGCUGCAGAUACUCAUCAUCGCAUUAGAGGCUAUGUAUUUGAUAAUCCAAGGUCAGAUUUCUUAUUAAUACACGAACAACAUCCGAUCAUGACAUUUAGUGUUAAUUCAUCUGAUCGCUUGGCAUUAUUAAAUAUCGCUACACAAGGUUUACAUUUAUGGGAUCUUGAAGAUAAAUGUUUAAUUAGACGUUUCCAAGGUGUUAGCCAAGGAAAUUUCACUAUAUAUUCAUGUUUUGGCGGUGUUCAUGAAAGCUUUAUUGCAAGUGGUAGCGAAGAUUAUAAGGUUUACAUAUGGAAUGUUAAAAACGAAGAACCAUUAGCUAAAUUACCAGGUCAUACAAAAACUGUUAAUUGUGUUUCUUGGAAUCCUGUUUAUCCAUCGUUAUUAGCUUCAGCAUCUGAUGAUGGUACUGUUCGAAUUUGGGGCCCAAAAACUUUGCAACAAACAAAUAAUUCAGAAAGUGAUGAGUGCUCGUCAUGCUCUUCAUCAUCUUCCUGGAAUAUGACUUCGUAAUUGCAUUAAUUUUUAAUUAAUAAUAAAUGAAAAAAAAAAAAAUAUUAAUUAUAAUAAUUAUUUAAUAAUGUGUUUUUUAUUUAAGGAAUCGUUUCAUUUUAGCAAUGAAUAAUAAAUUUUUUUAUCUUAAAAUAAAAAUAUAUAUUAUAUUAAACAAAAAAAAAAUAAUAUUAAAUAAAAAUCUUAAUUAUGUAUCGAUUUGCAAUUCGUAAUUAUAGUUUUAAAAAAAAAAAUUAAAGAUCUUGUUUAUUAAUUUUAAUAAAUGUUGUGACACUUUAUAUUGAGUAAUUUUCAAUUUUAAAACAAAUAAAAGAAAAAAAAAUUAUAAAAAAAAAUUAAGAAGAAUUAUAUAUAAAUACUUAUAUAUAUAUAUAUAUGAAAAAUAUAGAAAUGAAAUAAAAACGUAGAAAUGUAAAACUAAAC